AUGUCCUCUACGAGCUCUUCCAAACGUAUCGCCGUCGCUGGCGUGGGCUCUCUAGGCCUUCCGGUUGUCCUUGCUCUUCUCGAAGCCGGACACGCCGUCACUAUCUUGACUCGCUCUGCCAGUACCAAGAAAGAAGGAAUCCCAGCCGGUGCCAAUGUCGAAUAUGCCGCCGUCGACUAUACCUCCGUGGAGUCUCUGAAGAAAGCUCUCGAGGGACAUUACGGUGUCGUUUCCACAUUGACCACGACAUCGGUGGGCGCGCAGGCUCCGCUGAUAGAGGCCUCAGUCCAGGCUGGCGUGUCGCGUUUCAUCCCCUCGGAGUUUGGAUCGGAUACUACCAACCCCAAGGCCAAAGCCCUUCCGGUAUACGGAGCCAAAAUCGCCACUCAAGAAAAGAUCGAAGAGGUUGCAGCGAAGAAUCCCGGCUGGAGCUACACGGCAGUCAUAAAUGGUGCCUUUUUCGAUUGGGGGGUGAAGUUCGGAUUCUUAGGCGUUGACCUCAAGAAGCACACGGCGACUCUUUACAAUGGUGGAGAUCGUAGAUUCAGUACCACGACACUGGCUGGCGUUGCCAAAGCAGUCGUGGGCAUUUUUUCUCACCCGGAAGAAACGAAAAAUCGCGAGAUUCGCGUUCACGAGACUGUCAUCACCCAGAAGAAGAUCAUUGACAUCGCUAAACGUUUGGAUCCCGCAGAAUGGACUUACAAGGCUGCCGAUACGGAAGAGUUGAAGAAUCAGUCAUUUGAGGUUCUCAAGAGUGGAAAGGUUGAGGAAAUCCCUGGUGCGAUGAUAAACUUCCUCGCAAGUGCGAUUUGGGGUGAAGGAUACGGUAGUGAAUUCGUCGAAACUGAGAAUGAUCUUCUUGGUGUACCCCUUCUCGACGAGGCUGAGGUGGAGAAAGUCAUAGCCCAGUACAUUUGA